AUGUCCAGUGAAAUUAUGUUAUAUAGUAUGUAUAAAAUAGAUAUGAGUAGCAAUACAAGUAAUGUUGAUAAAAGAGAGGAAUUAAAUGAGUAUUGGUGCAAUCGAUGGGCAAAUGGAAAUACGACUUGGGUCUUACCUGGUGUGAAUCCUUUUUUAAAAUUGUAUUUUACAGUACUUACUGGUGGUCAAAAUUUUUGUGAAAAAAGAGUGCUGGUACCACUUUGUGGCAAAACGCCUGAUUUGUUAUGGCUGUGUGAACAAGGUUUAUCUGUGACUGGUGGUCUUUUUGACUUUUGUUGGGACAUUAAUUCAUUAUCUGCUAUGAUCCCUGAUGAACAGCAGAUAUAUGUUGAUAAAUUAGUAUCUUUUUUAUCCUCUAAUGCACAUAUCAUCUUAAACUGCUUUGAGUAUGAUGUUGCUUUGCGUGGUGGAAAUCCCCCUCAUGUUAUUUUCAGAAAUAGACUUGAAAAGAUGUUUGGUAGUUCUUUCAUUUAUGAAGAGUUAUGUCGAAAUACUGAAGAUAAACUUCCAGACGAUGAUAUAAUACGUAAGAAUUCAAAAUGA